CAGUCAACUGCGACAUCCUCCCCUAUAUAAAGUCUGUGCUGUGCAACUAUUCUCAUCUGAUUUUGUGUCGCCGGAACAGAAACAAACAAACAACGAUGGCUGGAGGGACACACAGCGCUGUGCUCUGUAUCCUGCUGUGUCUAGCAGUGACAGCUGCAGGCGACAACCACACCUUGGCCAUCUCGCGGUCAACGUCGUCGUUCGGAGCCGCGCUGUACAAGCGCCUGGCAUCUGGUAACCAAGACAACAUCAUCUACUCCCCCAUCAGCGUGUACACAGCCUUGGCCAUGACCUUUCUGGGAUCAGGAGGCGUCACGGAGCGUGAACUGAGGAGGGCACUCGCCGUAUCUCCCGGCCAGAAUCUUCACAGCGACCUCCUUAACCUCUUCCCCUCCUUCGUUGCAAAUGACCCGGAUGCUAACCUCACGCUACGUAUCGCCAACGCCUUGUACUACGAUGCCGCUGAGGUCAACCUCACAGACAGCUACGUUGCCAACGUGAACCAGUAUUACCAGACAGGACUAAGGGCCUUCCAGAGACCCAACCCGGAGCAGGCCAUUAACAACUGGGUAGAACAGGUGACAGAGGGCGCCAUCAGCAACUUCCUGCAGCCUGGCGCCAUCACACCUGACACCAUCAUCAUGCUUCUCAACGCGGUGUUCUUUGAAGCGCAGUGGUUGUCGAUGUUCGACCCGUCCGACACCCAGACUGCCAACUUCACCACCAUGUCGGGUGUUGUCAAGCAGGUGCCUUUGAUGUACCAACAGGGAUUUUUCUCCGUCAAGAACGUUCGAGAACUCGACUCACGCGUUCUCGAGCUGCCAUACAAGGGAGGAAAUCACAGCCUCUUCAUUGUUUUGCCCAAUCGCAAGAAUGGCAUACGGAGGUUGGAGAGAAAGCUCACUGCUCAGAACCUGGAAAGAGCCUUAACGUCCAUGCCAGACCCAGAAAACCGCAGGGUGUACUUGCCAAAGUUUGGUUUGCGCAUGCGUAAAAGUUUGAACCAGCCGUUACAGGCUCUGGGACUGGACACGAUGUUUGAUGCCACGAGGGCCAACUUCUCCGGCAUGGUGCUUGAUGAGGGUGUGGCCGUCAGUGAAGUUCUCCAUGAAGCAUUAAUCGAGGUUACGGAAUCUGGAACCAAGGCGGCUGCUGUCACGGCGGUUAUCAUUGUAGCCACGUCCAUCAUCCUCCCAGCGGAGGAGUUCCGGGCUGACCGCCCCUUCCUCCUCGUCUUGAGGGACAAGGUAAAUGCCAUCAACAUCUUCGUAGGUCGUGUUGCUGACCCCGCACCAGGUGCCCUGAAUAGGUGCAGUGCAGCUAAUUAUCUCACUCAGGCUGUGCAACUAUUUUCUUCUCACCUUUGCCGCCGUCAAAUCAACAAAACAAACUGCAUGAGUGGAGAGAUACACAGUCCUGUGCUCUUGAUCCUGCUGUGUCUAGCAGUGACAACAGCCAGUCUGAGACAUCGCCGAGCGUCCGAUCUUUCAUUGUCCACAUCAUCAUUCGGAACCUCGAUGUACAAGCGUCUGGCGGCAGGUAACCAGGACAACAUCAUCUACUCCCCACUGAGUGUGUACACGGCUUUGACCAUGACCUUACUGGGUGCAGGAGGAGAUACAGAACAGGAGCUGAGGACGACACUGGCUGUACAACCUGGACAGAAUGUUCACAGUGACAUUAACACCCUCAUGAACUCCAUGACCACCAAUGACCCCGCCGCUAACCUCACACUGCGCAUGGCCAAUGCCCUGUACUAUGAUGCGGCUCAGGUUCACAUCUCAGACAGCUACGCAAACAGUAUGAGCCGUUACUACGGGACAGGGUUACAGCCCUUCCAGAGACCCAACCCGGAGCAGGCCAUCAACACGUGGGUGGAGGAGGUGACGAAACGCGCCAUCACAAACUUCCUGCAGCCUGGCUCCAUCCAGUCUGACACUGUGAUCAUGCUCCUCAACGCCGUGUUCUUCGAGGCAUCUUGGAGGACCACAUUCACUCCAUCUGCCACCCGGGAUGAUGACUUUACAACCAUUUCGGGAACCGUGAAGCGGGUACCUUUGAUGUUUAAGGAAGGCAGCUUCUCCGUGAAGAACGUUCCGGAACUGGACGCGCGCGUCCUAGAACUUCCGUACAAGGGAGGCGACUACAGCCUUUUCAUCCUUUUGCCCAACACCAAGACCGGCCUGACGGACCUCGAGAGCAAGUUGACUGGUCAGAUACUGGAAGGCGCCUUGACCUCCAUGCCAUUCGCACAACACCGCGAAGUGUAUAUACCCAAGUUCACUCUGCGCAUGCGUAAAGGUUUGAACGAGCCACUAGAGGCGCUGGGACUCAACGCCAUGUUUGACGCCGCGAGGGCCAACCUCACCGGCAUGGUGGACAACCUGGGUGGACGGGGCCUGGUGGUCAGUAAGGCUCUUCACGAAGCCAUGAUCGAGGUCACGGAGUCUGGAACUAAAGCCGCUGCUGUCACCUCCAUCAGUAUUUCCCUAACUGCCGCGUUCAUACCUCAGCCCAGCGACAUCUUCAAGGUUGACCAUUCCUUCCUCUUUGUUUUGCGUGACAAGACUAAUCGGGGUCAACCUCUUCAUGGGUCGCGUGACCGACCCACCAGCAGCCGGGCAUUAACAUGCACCAUGCAAUCUCAGAUGGUUUCGUGUUGUGAGGCUGAUUACUUACACAACUUCUGAUGUUGAAUAAUGACCUAAAGUUUCGAUUUCUUCAAUAGUUUGUCAUUUCAGACAAAAGAAAGAAAAGAAAAUUUCAAAUCUCAAGCAAACAAACAAAAUUGAUCCUUGGUCAUGAAGUAAAUAAAAUGGCACAAACAUCUUUCCUUGUUGUCAAACUUGUCGUUUUGCUCGUGUAAUCUAUGAAUGGUCUGACAAUAAAAAUGUCCAUUAAAAGUG